UGGCCAAAAAAUGGGUACAUUGAUUACAUUACAGAAUAGGAGGGGGAAAAAAACCUCGCAGACGCGCACAUAAAGCAUCAGAGCUUCGCCACGAAGAAGAGAGCUCGGAAUCUUCUCUUCACUCGCACAGUCCAAACAACCCCAAGCAUUAUGGGCUAUGAGGCUGAUUCAGAGAGAACUCUGUACCCCUACGUAACGGGAUCAUCAGUGGUUGCCAUCAAAUAUAAAGAUGGCAUUCUUAUGGCUGCUGAUAUGGGAGGUUCAUACGGGUCUACGUUGCGAUACAAGAGUAUUGAGCGCUUGAAAACUAUUGGAAAACAUACUCUUCUUGGUGCCAGUGGGGAAAUUAGUGAUUUUCAGGAGAUUAUUCGCUACCUUGAUGAACUCAUCCUUUAUGACAACAUGUGGGAUGAUGGGAAUUCUCUAGGUCCUAAGGAGGUGCACAACUACUUGACCCGUGUGAUGUAUAAUAGACGUAACAAAUUUAAUCCAUUGUGGAACUCACUUGUUAUUGGUGGUGUGAAAAACGGGCAGAAGUACCUAGGCAUGGUUAACAUGAUUGGCAUUAAUUUUGAUGACAACCAUGUAGCAACUGGGCUUGGGAACCACCUUGCAAGGCCAAUUCUUCGUGAUGAAUGGAAUGAAAAUUUGACCUUUGAAGAAGGUGUCAAGUUGCUGGAAAAGUGCAUGCGAGUGCUUUUAUAUCGUGAUAGGUCUGCAGUGAACAAGAUUCAGAUAGCUAGAAUUACUGAAGAAGGAACAACUCUUUACCCACCAUUCUCCUUGAAAACAUUCUGGGAGUUCUCUGGUUUCAGGAACCCUGCGGCUGGUGCUGUGGGUUCAUGGUAGCUGACUCGCCGCCUUCAUUACUUCCAUGGAACAUUCUGACGAGUCUUGCGUUGAAUGGAUAUAAGAUUAUUGAUCUUUGUUUUAUCGUACGACUCAGCUACUUACGGAGAAAGCUGCUGCUUUUUUUCUUGUAUGGAGGUUUUUAUCUUUUAAAUUUGGGUUUCGCUCCAGUUAACAUCUAAAUGGACUUUGCCCUGUUCUACUCUGUUUUCAUGAUGGAUGAGCGCUGAUAGAGACGAGAACCGAUGGGGCAGGAUAUGGUAUUGCUCGGCCUUAAAAAAUAUUUUCAUACUUGGAACUAAUCCUUUCCGCGGAACAAUUUGAGGGCUGAGAUUCAUUGUCGUUUCGUUAUCAGAUCCAAAACCAAUUUAUGGAUUUAGAAUUGGCCAAAUUUGUUGGUGAACAAAUGAUAGCUGAUAUCUAUUUGGGAGAAUUAACUGUCUCAUCCUUGUAGUUUUGCCGAGUUUGUAAUUCAGUCUACGCGAUUCAGUUCUUAUGUUCAA